CACGGCGUCUCUCCUGACGAAAUUGCUGUACCGACGAGAUGACUGCUGCCCACGUGACUCUCUGUCUGGUGUCUCUUGUACUCAUAUCUGCCGCUCUUCACGUAGCAGCACAAACCAACGACACUACAUCUACUACUGCCUCUGCUACUGAACUUACGACUACCAGUUCUGCAUCUACAACUCCCACUUCUGUACCUAUGACUACUACUUCUGUAGCUACGACUAUCAGUUCUGCAUCUACGACUACCACUUUCGCACCUACGACUACCAGUUCUGCACCUACGACUACCGCUACAAGUACAGGAGAGAAUCAACCUAUUGUUUGCGGACGGACAAAUAACAAGCAUGACGCAUUAUGCCGCAAAAUGUGUUCUUCUGAUGGCUGGAAACACGGCAAAUGUGUGAACAGAAAAUGUACUUGCAGCGAACAAAAACUAUAGCUUACAUCUCAUCCAUUGCGAUUCCUUGUUGUACUUAUUGUAUUAUUAUUGCCUACCAGUUCGACAUUUAUUUUUUCAAAUUUGAAUAUAAGCACUGGUUUAUUUCAAUAAAUGUUUACAACAAGCA